AUGGUCGCUUCCUAUUCAAGGCAUUACAUCGUUGCCCAGGUUUUGCCAGGAUGCAUAAUGGGAGCUGCUUUGGAUGUGGUGAUUUUGAUGAAUCGAAAGUAUGAUCAAAUGGUCACAUGCAUAUUGGUGACACCUAUGCAAGGGACAAUCAACGACGUGUACUCCAGAGUAAUUAUCGCAAUUUGCCUUUUGAUUAUAUUGUGCAAUGUUUCCUUUAUAUUCUUCUUGAAGAAACUCCAAAUGAACAGCAGUAAAUCGAAGAGCAUCUACCGCUCUAUGGUUGUUAUCAGUCUCUCAGUUGUGCUUGGCUAUUUCAGCACAAUGGCCGUAUUUUCUAUGAAGAAGAUUCUCGAUCUUAGUAUUGAAAUAAUAUACCUGAACUUGAUUGCAGGUCUAUUUACUACUACAGCAACUUCUGUUAAUUUCUUCGUAUACUACUGUAUCAGUAAAGAAUACCGUGGCAUUUUUGACACGCUUCUCGGGAUCGGUCACAUCAAGACUUUGCUCAAGAAAAAUAAGCGUGGUGACGUUCAACAAACAACUAUCCAACCAAAACAGUCAUCUUUCCGUUUAACAGUCACUCCAGUAUCCUAA